AUUUCGAAGGUUCAUUUAUAUUGACACUUAAUCACCUGAAGUCAUGAGCAACGUCUUUGUUUAUGGCACCUUGAUGUCAGAAGAAGUGGUGGCAGCUCUGAUCAGAAGAGCACCGAGGCAGCAACCUGCUAAAAUCAGAGGGUACAGGAGGCAUCGCAUCAAGGGUUUCAUUUUUCCAGCGAUAGUUCCUGCAGAAGAAUCUGACGAAGUCAACGGCCUAGUACUCUAUGGCUUGAAUUGUGAGGAAAUGGAGGUUUUUGACGAGUUUGAGGGCGAAGAGUACUACAAGACAGAUGCAACGCCGAUCUUGGCUGAUGGCAGUCAGGUGGACGCCAGUGUGUACGUGUGGCAGGACAGUGCCAGGCACCUCCUCUAUGGCAAAUGGGACUAUCAAGAAUGGAGAAGGAAGCAUCUGGAAAACUACGUGAAGAUGUGCACCAUAUUUAAGGAGGAACUGGAGCUGACAAACACCUCAAACAAUAGGCCAUACAACCAUCCGGAGCCCGUUGAGAGCACAUGAUGAGAAUUGCAGCGCGCUUUAUGGCCGAUAGCUGCUUAGAUGUCUCUGUUGGUAUUUGAGAAUAGGUGACAGACCCAUUGUCUGUUCGUUAAGCUCUUCUGAUACAACACAGGCAAUAAACCUGGCAAUGUCCAACAUUGAAUGACUCUUUGUUAUCAGCGCUGCUAGCUGCACCGGUGCCAAUUUUUGUUACACAACUUCUUUCAAGAGCAGGGCGCUGGGGUAUUAUCAUGUAGUGUGUACAGCUUCAAUAGGCUGGCCAGUGGUGUGAUGUACGAACAUCAGCGUCAUGCUCAACUUGAAAGCGUUUUAACAGCUCUUCUAU